CUCUCGUACCCUGGAGCCUCUUACGACUUUGCUUACGACUUUCUUCUCUUCUCCUACCCUUUAUUAGGGCCUUUCGCUCUACGACAAGAGAUCUCGACUGCUUCCUGCUCCUCGGGCAAUCAGGCAGUCCCGACUUUUGUCACUCCACUCUCCUGCAGAUGCCAGUUCCGGUCCCUUCUCUCUCCACCACCGCUCCAGCCCUGAAGCACUCCAUCCCCCUGAAGGCUAACCUUCACUCCUCUCAUCACGGGCGCACCCUAUCUCUCUCCGCUGCUGGUUUGCCACCAUCCCUCGGUGGUCGCGACCAGUGGCUCAAUUUGUUGCAUCCUUGGGAAAAAUCCAAACUCCUGGAAGACCACCAUCGCCCUGCCACGGCAGUAGAAUGUUAUGAACAGGGUUUUCGACAUGGGUUGACUGGUGCGAUCAACGCAUCCGCCAUUAAAGGAGCUCACGCGGAAGCGUGUAUUCCGCCCUUGUCCACCGCUGUUCGUCACUGUGGCCCGCAGGUAGCGCCCACCGAUCUGGCUGGCGAGUCGGGCGAUGGAACGCAACUUAGAGGCACGCGUGGCUGGUCUUCCACUCCUAACCUAUGUGUAGAGGACGAGACGGGUGCUUUUGCCCCUCUCCUCGAAGAUGACUCAUCUGACAUGGUCAAUGGCGACUUGCACUCCAGUCCCAUCGAACCUCUUACGCCUUUUGGGGAGUAUGUUGAUCGCGCAGUCGCCUCUUCUGACCCUCCAGCCAUCUUCGAUCCACUCGUCCAGAGUAGAUCUCAGGAGUUGUACUUUGGCCCCUGUGGCUCCGGAUCUAGUGAUUUCCGGGUCUACCUCAACACUUCAGCGAAGGAGGAUCCUCGUUCAGGUGAAAACCAACCGCCAACCGCCGCUCUCACCUACAAGCGGCUCGCCGAACCAAUCGCAGAAUGGGUAGUCGCAUAUGUCUGGAAGGUCUGUACCAAUGGGAUUGCUUUGCCGCACUCUACCAGCAGUUACACGCCAACCAGCGCAGCACACCUGUCAUUGCCUGCGCCACUGCAUUUGACCAGUGCUGUCCAUUCUUUACUAAUGUCAACGUUGCUGCAACCAUCUGCCAUUCUGUUGGCGUUGUGGUACAUUGCGCGCCUACCAGUGUACUUUGGUGCAGCUGGUCUAGGCCCAGAGCACGUGAAGGAGCGGCGGUUCAGGGUGGAGUUACUCGGUGAUACCCGCGGUAAUCUUUUUGGAGAACGUCGUGAAGAUGCUGCAAUUUUUCGACUAAUCGUGCUAGGGUUUAUGUUGGCAAAUAAGUGGCUUGAUGACCAUACCUUCUCCAAUAAGACAUGGCAUACCAUAUCCAACGUGCCAGUGCAGUCGCUGAACAAGCUUGAGUAUUUUGCGCUGGAUAUCUUGGCACAUAACUUGUCGAUUCCGCCUUUUGUCUGGUCUGAGUGGCUCAACCAUCUGCUGUCCUACCAUCACUCUCGAUCACCUUCUCUCUUCCCGCAGCCUAUUUCUCGUCCGUCGUCGAAUCCCCAUUCUAUCAUCCGAAGGUCUAUUCAGGAAAUCAUGGAAGCCCCUCUGGGACAUUCCUCAGAUGAACCAGUUUUCCUCGGAGUAGAAACGAGACUUCGUGAGAAGUUCGGUUCCGUUUCUAGUUGUGGUGACUGGGAUUCGUUUGACAUCGAUCUGGACGAAGAUGGCCCUCUUCGAGAGGAGUACUUGCCGAGGCGUCGCGCGAGCAACAGUAGUAGUUCCGUUAGCGACCGUCGUCCUCUGCAGCCUUAUCAACCCCCCAGCGGUCAAUCAACAUCCUUAUUCCCGCCUGCUAGAUGGAGUUCACCUGGCGGUGAAUAUCCCAGCGAUCGCACUGGUGCUAUCUACAUUGCCACACUCCCUCCGGUUCCUGCGCGCUACGUUGCGGCUCCCGCGAUGUAUCAUGUUUGGCCUACUGCACCUGCGACAUUUUUCCCGCAAAAAGCCCAUGUUGAUGGGGAAUAUACAGGAAACUAUUUGCCUUUAUCCCAAGAUCCGUGCUGGUGUCCUCCGCGUGCUUGUGCACCUCAGCAAACCCAAUUAUGUUACUGCACAGAUCUUUAUCGGACCUCCGGUCACGGUGGAGGAUAUUUCCAUGGAAGAUUGGACCGCUAUAGCACCGACACCCGCGUGACUCCUCCCGUCGCAGGGUAUCCUGCUUACAUGACUGCAUCCUGGGGUCCAUCCGAACAAUACGGCAAUGCGGCCUCUGGAAAACCGUUCGGCGCUCACCCGCCUGUCAACUACCAAACGAACUGGUUUCGCGCCUGAAUCCCUGGUUCCUCCGGCAUAGAAUUCUUACCUCUGUCUCUGUCUCCCCUAAUAUUGGUUCCAGUCUCCCCCUAUAUGAUGCUGUAAUUUCCACUCGCUUGCACAUGCACGUCCAUCUUUUCCUGGCUUGUGAAUACUGGAUUUUUCUCUUUGCCCUGGUCUUGUGUUUUAUACUUGUUGGGUCCCCCAUUCCACAUCAAGACAUAUCCAUCCCGUCUCGAGGACCCAAACACACCCUUGACAUUUCGACAUCUUCGUCGCGUAAACGAUAUUUCUGCGACUCGCUAUUCAAACCAGCUGACCUAGUCGUCGCUCGGCCAGAUGAUCCCCUUGAUAUCCUCGGACUUCCCUCUGUCCCAUACUGCUACUGUUCAUGGAUUGAACACUUGGCACCCAUUUGGUUUGCUGUUACCCUGUUGAUGUAUCCAUUUCUCAUCCAGUACCCACACGCUACUAAACCUAAUCGCCCUUCGAUGACUAGUUCACCUGCCUCUU